GAUAGAAAGAAAAGUUAAGGCCGCCUCUUGACUUCACUUAGCAUGUGACUACCCCUGCUGUUAGCGGACAUGGUAUCUCCCGAGAAGGAGCAGUCACCUCCCCUCCCUAAGUCAGAUUUGUCUCCACUCCAAGGAAAUACACUGUACCAUCGAGUGGAGUAAAGGAACUGUAGUUACACUCUUCCAGCUGGACGCCCACAGAUACAUUUAGAAAAGGGCCAGGUUGUCUUCACUGAAGGAGGUUGGCACAGAAAUUUAGGCUGACAAGUCAUGACGAGAGUACUUCUGAAUCCCUGGGAGAUCCUCUGAACCCUCCUCCCCUCCUCCUUCCAAUGUUUCAGUGGUUGGGGCCAUGGCCUCUCAGUCAGGCAACAUGAACCGUGAGGACCGGAAUGUGCUCCGAAUGAAAGAAAGAGAAAGGAGAAAUCAAGAAAUCCAGCAGGGAGGAGGAGAGGCUUUUCCAGCAAAUUCACCUCUCUUUCCUGAACCUUACAAAGUGUCCAGCAAGGAAGAUAAACUGUCCAGCCGUAUUCAGAGCAUGCUGGGCAAUUACGACGAGAUGAAAGAACCGAUUGGUGACACACUCCCAAAGCUUGGCGGUAAACCUUCUAACAGCUCGUCUUCCUCUGAGGAGAAAUCAGGCGCACCUUUGUUUGGCGGGGACCAGCGCGGCGUCAGUAGCGGUGGCAGCAGCCAGAGCAGUAAGUGGACUCCCGUUGGUCCCGCGCCAGGUGGAUCUUCAUCCCAGUCCCAGAAACGCUCAGGACUCCAGGGGGGGCACGGCAGCCAGAGGGGCAACGGAGGCAGUAGCGGCAGCAGCAGUAGCCAAAGACACGGAGGAGAGGUGCGGGAAAAGAAAUCAAGUAAACACAGCGUAGGGUCAGAGCACUCAAAGUCACACACAUCGAGUCCAGCCAAGGGCUCUCUAAGUUCCUCUAGCAGCAACAGCCACUCACGGAGCUCCUUGUCUGCUGAGCAGCAUCACAGCAAGGAGCGGUACCGCUCCAAGUCCCCGCGAGACAGAGAGGCCAACUGGGACUCUCCCUCAAGGGUUCACACCUCUUUCACCAGUGGACAGCACUCGAGUCAGGCCUUUCCCCCAUCUCUCAUGUCCAAGCCCGGCUCCAUGCAGCAGAAACCCACGGCCUAUGUGCGGCCUAUGGACGGCCAAGAAACGGCAGAACCCAAGAGCUCGCAAGCAGAAAGCUAUAGCGGACAGUCGCACAGCAGCACCAUGGGAGAGAUGAAGUCCAACAGCAAAGCCUCACUUUCCAAACUCAAGAUCCCCUCACAACCUGUGGAGGGCUCCGGUGACGCCAACUGUGUCGAUGAAAUUCUGAAGGAAAUGACUCAGUCGUGGCCCCCUCCACUGACAGCCAUCCACACCCCCUGCAAAACAGAGCCCUCCAAGUUUCCAUUCCCUACCAAGGACUCUCAUCCUUUUCCAAGUGGACACAAGCGAGGCAGUUCUUCCAAGAGCUCCAGCAGCCACCAGUCCAAAGCUUGCGAUGACCAGCCCACUAUGCUGGAGGAUGACCUGAAGCUAAGCAGCAGCGAAGAUAGUGAUGUAGAACAGGACUCUGCCAAGAAUGCCUCAAGGAACACGUCAGCAAGCAAUAACAGUGAAGGAGCGGAGCAAUCGAGGGAUGACUCCAGCAGCCACAGCGGCUCCGAGAGCAGCUCAGGCUCCGACAGUGAGAGUGAAAGCAGCACGACGGACAGCGAAGCCAACGAGCACCCACGGCCUGCCUCUCCUGAACCUGAACAACCCAUGGCCAACAAGUGGCAGCUGGACAACUGGUUCAAGAAGGCCAAGCAGUUCUCCCCAGCUUCUCCAGUUGACAACAGUAAUGUUCCAACCAAGUGCAAGAAAGAGGGCAGAGAGAACAGCUCAGGACGCGGCUAUGGUAGCCAGGGAGGGGGGUCAAAAGACUCAGUGGCACCCACCCCAAGUAGGGACCUACGGGCAGCGCAAAAGGGCACAGAGGGUGGCCGUGGCCGGCAAAAAUCCCCUGCCCAGAGCGAGGGUGGUGCUAAUCCUCGAAUCCGCGUGGGUAAAAAACAGCCCAAAAAGUCUGAGAAGCCCCCAGUGGUGGAGGAACCCAAGGGAGGUCUGCGGGUGGAGAGCGAGCCGGCUCCAGAGAUACCUCCUCAUCGGCCCAAAGCCGCUACUAAGGGUUCCCGCAAACCAAGCAUUAAAAAAGAACCCAAAUCCUCUCCGAGGCCUACCACCGCCGCUGUCACCACAACUACAGAUAAACGCAAGGCCAAGGCACCCACGAAGACUUCACAGCAGAAGUCUCGCGAGUUUGUCGACACGGAGUCUUCGUCGUCCGACUCCGAGGGGAACGACAGCAUCCCGUCCUCGUCACAGACGCCCAAGUACACAGAGAGCAUCAGGACGCCUGUGUGUGUUUUUUCUCCGAUGGAAGAGAAAGAGCUGUUGUCUCCACUGAGCGACCCUGAGGAGCGCUACCCUGCCAGGCCGCCUCAGCAGCAGGUUUUACUAGUGAAGAUAGAUCUCAGUUUGCUGUCCAGGAUCCCAGGGCGGCCCUACAAGGAGCCUGCAGAGAUAAAAGUGGAGAGGGAUGACUCUCUAGACAGGGACAGCAAAGACUUCAGCAAGCAGAACUCUGAGAAGAGCUCUAGCAAGGCUAAGAGGAAACACAAGAAUGAUGAAGAUGGCACCAAGCCAGAGAGCAAGCGAUGCAAGCUGGAGGAGAAGUCUCUAUCUAAUCAUAAAAACAGCAGUAAAGAGUCUAAGAGGUCAUUGGAGAAGAAAGAGGAGCCGGUCCCCUCUCCUUCCAUGUCAGGUCUGCAGCGGACGCCCAAGGCAGAGCAUCCGAGUCGGAAGAGGACAGUCAGCCAGUCAUCCACCUCUUUGUCCAGCGGGACCGGAAGUGGAAAGGAGGGGAGCCACAGCACCAAGGGCAGCUCCACCUCCAAACACAGAAAAGGAGAGGACAAGGGACGCAGCACACGCGACGGCAAGGAGAAAUCCUCAAAGGCCUGCGAUAACCAGCUGGCUGUGCCACCGCUCUCAACGGACGGCUCCAAGUCUCAGAGAUCCAAGCUGGUGUUUGAGGACAGGGUCCAUUCUGCUGAUCACUACUUACAAGAGGCCAAGAAACUCAAACACAAUGCAGAUGCACUGUUGGACCGUUUUCAGAAGGCAAUUUACUACCUGGACGCUGUGGUGUCUUUCGUUGAAUGUGGUAAUGCUCUGGAGAAGAGCGCCCAAGAGGCCAAGUCUCCCUUCCCCAUGUAUGCCGAAACUGUGGAGCUUAUCAAAUACACUAUGAAGUUAAAAAGCUAUAUGGCCCCAGAUGCUACUUCAGCAGACAAGAGGCUAGCUGUGCUUUGCCUACGAUGCCAGUCCCUCCUCUACCUGCGGUUGUUCAAGCUGAGGAAAGACAGUGCACUAAAAUACUCCAAAACACUCACUGAACACUUAAAGAAUUCUCUGAGUAACACCCAGGCUCCCUCUCCUGGAAUGGGAAAUAAGGCAGCGGGUAUGCCCUCUCCAGUGUCUCCCAAACUGUCCCCGGGCACGGCCGGUGGCUACUCGUCAGUCAGCAACAGCAGCAGCGCCAGCUCGUCUGUGACCAUACCUCAGCGUAUCCACCAGAUGGCUGCCAGCUACGUCCAAGUCACCUCCAACUUCCUUUACGCCACCGAGGUUUGGGACCAGGCUGAGCAGCUGUCCAAAGAGCAGAAAGACUUCUUCUUGGAGUUGGACAAGGUGAUGGGUCCUCUGAUCUUCAACACCAGCAGCAUGACAGAACUGGUGCGUUACACACGGCAGGGCCUCCACUGGCUGCGCUUGGACGCAAAGCUUAUUCCCUAACGAGGACUCCCCUCACCACCACCACCACCACCACCACCACCCCCACCCCCUCCCCUCCCUCCCCUCCCCGCCUGCUGCUUCCACACAAACACCCACCACCUCAGCCUCUUGUGCUCAGCAACAUGUGCUCAAAGACGCAUAUCCUCAACAACACACAAACACACACAGGCACACAGAUAAACAAUGUACUGUAUGCACACACACACACACACACACACACACACACACACACACACACACACAGUCCACCUCUGGUCCUCCAUGUACACACAGGUGAUGAACCUCUCAGACAUAUCUCCAACACUGUGUCCAUUUUCUACACCAGCUUGCCAAAAACACUGAGCAAUCUAGAAAACAUCUCACACCUUCGACGGCACCACACAGGGAGAAGCAUCGAAAACAGCACCACAGGAAUCAAAAGAGCUUAUCGCCAUACUUCAUAUAUUGGCAUUCUUACAAAAUCUUUGAAGGCCAUGUUUUUAAUCUCUUUGGCAUGGAAGCUCUGGAUGAAUUAUUUAUUAUGAAUACACUAAAACUGGGGUUUGGUUUAUAGGCUACUUUGGCUUUUAACUUUUUCUUUUACUUUGUUUCACCAAAGUACCUCCCAUGAACACCAAAGGUGCUUUAAAAUGAAGGUUUCUCUUUAUCAUUUUUGUGCCUUGUAUGUGAGCUACAGGAAAACAAACAUCAUAUCUGAAUAAAUUAUUUUUCUUUUCCUCCUUUUUUUCGUUGCUACAGCCACAGUUGUCAUUUUAUGCUUUUUUCCAAACAUUUAGCAAUUAAUGGAAGCUGGCAACAAUUAUGUGUUUUAUUGCACUCUGCAAGUCAAGUCCUCUUAACACAUUUGACAUUUUAGAGCAAAGAUGGUGUGGGCCACUACUAAUUAAUCUUCAUUGGUCUUUCCUUCAAGUCUCUAGGCAGGUUAAUCUUGGAGCAUGCCCACAAGGUUUAAGGACUGUAGGAAGGGCUACUGUGCACAGCAGAUUAAUACUUCUGACACACACGUAAAUAUAUAUAUGCGCUUCUAGAAGUUAUAUUGACCAGUGUAUGUUUUUAAACAGUGUCAUUUUAUAUUUCUGAAUCAUGAACUUCUAUUUCACCCUGCUAGAACAUGAAAUGUUGGUCAGUUUGUUCAAAUCACUUUGGUCCAGUUGGAUGUAAGGAGCAGCUUGGCCUCUAGGGGCUGCUAGCGGGGGCUUUUAGACUCUCAGCCUUAAAGAAAUUGAUCAUGUUAACAUUCAAUGUAAGAGAUUUGCUGCUUCUUUGAAGCCUCAAAAUACAAGUCUCUUCUUAUGAAAUGUUUUUACCUGCGUAGCUACAUUGUUCACUGAGCAGUUUUCUCAAGGAACAGUCACUUCCAGUCAGUGUUAUUCUUUUUUUUUUCUCUUUUGUCUUUUUUUUUUUUAGAUUCCCUUGUUUGCUCUGAGUGCAUUUUUCUAAGGAACAGCAGGGAGUGUCUUAAGUAUUGAAGAUCGUAUCCAGUUACGUAUACAGUGCAGUUAUUUACAUCACAGUUUAUAGAAACUAGGCCUGUGUGACCACUAAUUUGGCACAACAAAAGUAAAUUCAUCUGAAGAGAAAAGAAGUUCUUCAGAGAGACAAACUUGCCAGUGAUGCAGAUUAGCAGUGUUGCAGUUAUAUAACAAAGACUUUUAAAUCUAUGAUUAUAUAUUUCAAAUAAGAAGUAUAACGGCCAAUAUAGAUUUUAUUUAUAUACCAAGCAGUCUUUUUUUUUCUUCUGGCCAAGCAUAAGUAUAACGUUUCAAAUAAAGUUUAAAACAGGGUUGAACAGGGGUCAUAAGAUGCAAAGUAUUUGUAUAUGUAAUUGUUCCUAUUUAAAUAUUAACACCUUAAUCAUACUUGUAUUACAAGACAGUAGAUUUAAAAUGUUUAAGCUAGUUGUUGUUAAUAUGGUUCAGCAGGCAGCAGGGGAGAAAUGACAGUAACUGUUGUAUGUCAGCUGUCCAGAUAUGAACAUUUUUCUGUUAUUUAAAAUCACUGGUUGUCAUCAAAUCAAAUGGUGGAUGUCUGUGGUUUUGAAUGAAGACUUUUCAGUUGACAUUUUGGUAUUUGGUCAUGGUCAGUGACACGAUGGACUUUCUGGUUUAUGGUUAUUUUAAGCCCACUUCCUAUUAAAACAUGCUGGAAAUUAAAGCCUGGACCAAGUAGUAUCCAUAGAAACUAUUACUGGCUGAUUUUGUUAUGGAAGAUGAGUUUGGAUAAGACUAAAGUGCCAGACAGUUAAAGAGCUGUCUAGUCUUUAACUUUAUUGCACUUUCCCUGUGUUUUAAAACUUAAAUUUGGUAAAUUUGGUGGUUGACGCCACCACUUUCAUCUCAGCGAAACUAAUCUUUAGGAUUACUAUGUGGCCCAGGUUUUAUCUUUUUUGUUGUGUUUUGUAUUUUCUUUCCUUCACUGGCUCCCUGGCCUUUACUGUAGGAGGGGAUACUGUUAUUUCCUCUUGCACUUGAAAAAGAGAAAGUCAGAGGAGGUAUUAUUUUAAUCUAUGCAGGAUUUUUACAAAAAAAAGGAUCUGUUUCUGUGGAAAAAAUUUAAUUUUUAGGCUUUGGGAUUUUUUUCCCCCACUUUUUUUUUCGCCUCAGCGAGAAACCUGUUUAACUCAAGUGUCCAAUGCCUUUAGCUUUUGCAAUUUUUGUGUACUGGUUUAGUAUAUAUGUGUAUAUAGAUCUGUUUUUAUAACCAAACACCAAUGGCUUGAGCCAUUUUGUACUUAAAGCUGGAGGACACUUUUCUCAUAGGAAAUCCUCUGUGGGUUUUGCCAGCCCAGUCAAUGUCUUCAUACACUGGUACACUUUGUAAGUACAGGUCCGCGCCUCUUGUAGUCAAAUGUAAAAAAUUUAGCAUUAGAAUAAUUUUUAACUGUUUGCUACUCACACUUAUUUAUUUUUCUGCCCCUUUGCUUAAUAUUUUUUUUCUAUUUUGCCUUUUUAAGGAGUACCAUUUUAUGAAAUAGGAAGAUGUAAAUGUAUUGGGGUUGUUCAUGAUGAGAUUUCAUUGUAAGUAGUAAUUAAUAUUAAUUCUAACUUUAAAGAAUCCAGGGUAAGAUGAGGUUUUUUUGACAUUCAGUAGGAUGAUGUUAACACUUGCAUGUUUCUAUUUAAAUACAAUUGUAUAAAUUGUAAAUAUAACAUUUCUUUAAGGGUGAAUUUCUACUACAGGUUGACAUUUUUAUUAAAUUUAAAAAUCUUGUAAAUACAUUUGUGAGAUACUUUAUGCACAUUUUUUUUCUCUGUGGGCUUUUCUGUUUUUUCCUCUUCUUCUUCCAAGCUGUUACAGAUGACAUCUCAGUCUCUUUAACACUGUAUAUCAAAUUGAUUUCUCAGUCUUUUUCUUCCCGUGCUCGUAUACAUGUCUUCUGCUUCACUGUCUCUCAGUAUCAUGUCUCCACAUAAUCAUUAAUGUCUCUAGAUCCAAGUGCGAAUAUUUUGUCUUCUCUGUAUUUGAUAUGGAGGCGCGUACUUUUCAUGAAAUGUAUAUUGUUGAUCUCAUGGGAUGGAUGGAUGGCGUGUACAGUCCUGUUAUGUAAAACCACGUCUGUUUCUUCCUCGAGAGAGAGAGAGAUGUAUUUACUAUAUGUCCCUUUUGAACAAUUGGUCCAACAUGUCUUUUGAAACAGAGGUAUUUCUCUACACAUCAAAACAGUUGUAGCAGUUUAUACAGUAUGUUGUAUAACACCUUUUUUUCUAAAAGUCGUCUCUAAAGUGAGACCCGCAGCAUACACUAUGUACAAUAGUCUAAAUUGGAUUAGUUUUAAGAGAACUGAUGAUAGAGAUACUAUAUAUGAUGGAUGCAAUAUGAUUAAAGGUACUCAUUGAGUUUGAUCUUCAAACUUAGGUUAUGUAAUUUAAAGCAUUCUUGUGAAGUGAGUAUUAAUUGUGACUAAUGAGAGUCUGUCCUGAAUAUUCUUUGUAUUUUGCCGUAUUGAGAAUAAAAUAUAUAUGGAUAUGUUUAA